CACCAGCUCCUGCGGGCUCUCUUCGACCACCAGUUCCUGCGGGCUCUCUUCGACCACCAGCUCCUCCAGGCUCUCUUCACCCACCAGCUCCUGCGGGCUCUCUUCGACCGCCAGCUCCUCCAGGCUCUCUUCGACCACCAGCUCCUGCGGGCUCUCUUCGACCGCCAGCUCCUCCAGGCUCUCUUCGACCACCAGCUCCUGCGGGCUCUCUUCGACCACCAGCUCCUCCAGGCUCUCUUCGACCGCCAGCUCCUGCGGGCUCUCUUCGACCACCAGUUCCUGCGGGCUCUCUUCAACCACCAGUUCCUGCGGGCUCUCUUCAACCACCAGUUCCUGCGGGCUCUCUUCGACCACCAGGUUCUGCGGGCUCUCUUCGACCACCAGCUCCUGCGGGCUCUCUUCGACCGCCAGCUCCUCCAGGCUCUCUUCGACCACCAGCUCCUGCGGGCUCUCUUCGACCACCAGCUCCUCCAGGCUCUCUUCGACCACCAGUUCCUCCAGGCUCUUCUCGGCCACUGGCUCCUGCAGGCUCUCUUCGACCACCACUUCCUCAUAAAGUUCUUCAGCACCAGCAAACUCAAACUCCUCAACCUUAUGAGCUUCAUCAACAAACUCAAUCUUGCCCCCGUUCAUCCCCCUGUAAUAUUUUGA